UUUAUUGAGUUUUACUAACUAUCUUCCUUUGUUAUUUCAAAAUGGAGUGCAAAGGUCGGAUAGUCUUAAUGUUGCUGUUUAUUUUCUUAUCCGAUGCUUUUCCUCAGCCCCGUUUCAAAGGACGGGGUCCUUCCCCCAAACAACAGAGGCCCGCGGUGGUGCGUUAUGUAGCACCUAUUGAGCCGAGAGCUGGCACUCCGCAGACCGUAACCGCUCAGUGCACCGCGAGUGCGGUGAUAAUCACCAUUAGUCCGGAUUUGCUGGGCAUCCAAAAGCCGGUCCAACCUUCUGACCUUUCAGUAGGUGAAUGUGGAGUCACUAGCCAGUUCGAUGCUCAGCCCUUCGUGAUUGAAGCUCCUCUGCAGGCUUGCGGGAGCACAGUGGAGAUGCUGGGAGAUGAAAUUGUAUACAGCUUCACCCUUGACUACAACCCUUCUCAGAUUGAUGGUCUUCCUAUUGUAAGAACAAAUCCUGCACUGGUACAGGUUGAAUGUUAUUACCCCAGGCGACACAAUGUAAGCAGCAAUCCUUUAAGCCCAAAUUGGGUUCCCUAUACCUCCACAAAAUCUGCUGAAGAUAUUCUGAGCUUCUUGCUUGUUGUAAUGAGCAGUGACUGGAGUGGGCCGAGUCUAUCCAACACCUUCUUCCUAGGAGACCUCAUUAACCUUCAAGCCUCUGUGGACACCACUAACCAUGUGCUUCUACGUAUCUUUGUGGACAGCUGUGUGGCCACUCCUGGGUCCAAUGCAUCUGCCCCAGCCUACACCUUCAUUGGCAAUAAUGGGUGCUUUGUGGACAGCAAACUGACCAAUUCCAAUUCCCAGUUCAUGUCCCCCAGAAUUGCACCUUCUCUUAUUCAGUUUAAGCUGGAUGCCUUCCGGUUUUAUGGCCUAACUACUAGUUCGAUCUUCAUUACCUGCCAAUUGAAGGUGACUUUGGCAUCCGGUAAUGUUGAUGCUUUGAACAAGGAUUGUUCAUACAACUCUGCAUUGAGCCAGUGGAAAUCUGUAGAUGGGAAUGAUGUUGUAUGUAGCUGCUGUGAUACAAACUGUGCUAGCCCCCUCUCUUUUAGGAGGGGCUCUGGGUCACAAAAACCCAGACCCAGGAGAGCAAGUAAACUGAACCUUUCAGCUGGAUUGGAAAAGACUAUUUCUGUGGGGCCUUUUUUUCUGGUGCAUAAUUCUUCUCUGGCCUUGACACCUCAGUCACCCUCUUCCCAUCAAGAAGAGGUUUCUCCAGGUUCCUCUUUCCAAGAUUCAGUUCUUGGAGCAGUUGUGGGUGUCCUGACUACAUCCUGUGUUGCUGUGCUGAUUUUCAUUUACAGAAAAGCAACUAGAACUACAACCAUGAAUUAAUAAAGUUCGGUUUGUGA